CCGGCCCCGCCGCCUGGUACCGCCGCCGCCGCCCCGAGAGCUCCCCGCUCCGCAGCCGGCCCGCCGCUGCUCGGCCCGGCCGGGCGGGGACUUGGCAGCAACUCGCUGGGGAAGAGAGAGAGAGAGAGAGCGCCUGCCCCCGCUGCCCGCUCCGCUGUGGCUUCGGGGCGGAGGAGGAAGGUCCGCGCUCGGCCGAGGAGCAGCAGCCGCCGCCGCCGCCAGCGAGGAGGAGAGACGGAGAGGCGGCCGGAGCCCCCUAAAGUGCCCCCCCAACCCUGCACUGCAGGCUACAUUUCCAGCUUCAUGGGCAAAGUGUGGAAACAGCAGAUGUACCCCCAGUACACCACCUACUACUACCCCCAGUAUCUGCAGGCGAAGCAGUCCAUUGUACCAGCCCACCCAAUGGCUCCUCCUAGUCCCAGCACCACCAGCAGUAAUAACAACAGUAGUAGCAGCAGCAACUCAGGAUGGGAUCAAUUAAGUAAAACAAACCUUUACAUCAGAGCACUGCCUCCAAACACCACUGAUCAGGACCUGGUAAAAUUAUGCCAACCGUAUGGGAAAAUUGUAUCCACAAAGGCUAUUUUGGAUAAGACAACGAACAAGUGCAAAGGUUAUGGUUUUGUUGACUUCGACAGCCCAGCAGCUGCUCAGAAGGCGGUUUCUGCUCUAAAGGCUAGCGGAGUCCAGGCACAAAUGGCAAAGCAACAAGAACAGGAUCCAACAAAUUUAUACAUUUCCAAUUUGCCACUUUCAAUGGAUGAGCAGGAGCUUGAGAACAUGCUUAAGCCUUUUGGGCAGGUUAUCUCUACAAGGAUAUUGCGUGACUCGAGUGGGACAAGCCGUGGUGUUGGCUUUGCCAGGAUGGAAUCAACAGAAAAAUGUGAAGCAGUGAUUGCUCAUUUUAAUGGAAAAUUCAUAAAGACACCAGCAGGAGUUUCUGUUCCUGCAGAACCUUUGUUGUGCAAGUUUGCCGAUGGAGGACAGAAAAAGAGACAGAAUCAGAAUAAAUACAUACAGAAUGGAAGAGCAUGGCACAGAGAAGGCGAGGUGAGACUUGCUGGAAUGACACUCACUUAUGAUCCAACCACAGCUGCUUUACAAAAUGGAUUUUAUCCGUCACCCUACAGUAUUACAGCAAACAGAAUGAUCACUCAAACAUCUAUUACACCAUAUAUUGCUUCUCCGGUUUCCACAUACCAGGUUCAGAGUCCUUCUUGGAUGCAGCCUCAACCGUAUAUAAUGCAGCACCCAGGUGCUGUACUGACUCCCUCCAUGGACCACACCAUGUCACUACAGCCUGCAUCAAUGAUAAGCCCUUUGACGCAGCAGAUGAGUCAUCUUUCGUUAGGCAGUACUGGAACAUACAUGCCAGCCACAACAGCUAUGCAAGGAGCCUACAUACCCCAAUACACACAUGUCCAGACAGCAGCGGUUCCUGUUGAGGAAGCCAGUGGUCAACAACAGGUUACAGUAGAGACGUCCAGUGACCAUUCUCCAUAUACGUAUCAACAAAAUAAGUAACUGUGAGAUGCCCGGUGUUGACCCGGCCUGGAGAAGGGUGCAAAGGCUGAAACAAUCAUGGAUUUUACUGAUCAAUUGUGCUUUAGGAAUUAUUGACAGUUUUGCACAGGUUCUUGAAAAUGUUAUUUAUAAUGAAAUCAACUAAAACUAUUUUUGCUAUAAGUUCUAUAAGGUGCAUAAGAAAAAACCUUAAAUUCAUCAAGUAGCUGUUCCCACGAACAGGUUUAUUUUAGUAAGAAGAAAAAAAUUUUUAUCAAGUGUUACGACGCAAAAAAAAAAUAAAUAAAAAUUCAAACUUCUGGGUAUGCACAGAUGACCACGAAGACUAUUCAUGUGCAUGGCAGAAGUUGUGUUCUGGUUUAGUUUUGUUUCCUUUGUUUCCUUUUAUUUUUUAGGGUUUUUUGUUGUUUUAUUUUCCUGUUUUGGUUUUGUUUUUUAUUUUCUUUUUCUUUUUCUUUUUUUUAAUUGUAUGAAAUGGGUUUUCUGAAGUUUAAACUAGUAAAACAUCUAGGAUGAUGUUCUGUGCUUGCAGUGUGUGAGUGUUGCUUUAGUGCAGUGUUGCAGUUAUAGCGUCUGGUCUUUUAGCCUUCUGUUUUUCUUUUAACGUAGUGUGAAGUGUCUUAUCCUUUUCUAUGAAUUCCAAUUUGCCUUAAAUCUUUCGAUGCUGUAGCUAUUUCAGUAAGUAGUCCAAACUAAUGGUGUAGAAUGCUUUGACCAAAUGAGCUGGUCUAUUAUGCCUUGUAAAACAGCAGCAUAGGGCUUUUAAAGGUAGUCAAUAAAAAUUGCUGAAAAUUUGGCUUUUUUAAUGUGUAGUAAGUGUUUUUAAUGAUUUUUCACAUAAUAUGUAAGGUAGUGAAACGCAAGAGGGGAAAACUGUUUUGUGUGAAACACAUUUUCUGACGGGGAAAUUUUAAUAGGAUAAAUCGUUUGUAAGGCCGUAUGCCGAUAGCUCCCUCUGGUAGUUCGGGUGACUUAGGAACUCUGCUGUACGAUGCAAUGUAAAAUCUUUUUUUGCCUUUUUUUUUUUUUUUUUCAGAAACUAACUCGAUGUUCUAGUUUUAGCGUAGGUAGAUUAGGGAGUUUGGGGUGGGGAUCUCACCGAAUGUUUUUGUCCUUCCUUUAUACUAACGAUAGUGCUUUAGGAUGAGGAUCGUACUGAGACUUAGCAAACACAAAAGUUGCUAUUGCAGCAAAAUGGCAAAAGCAAAAGGACUCGUUUUCAAACACGAGCUGAGAUGCGAGGAGAAGCAUAAUUGAUUGGAUACUAGCUCUCUAUUGUAGGUAAUUAAAAAUAAAAAGACUUGGCACUUUUAAAAGGUAACUUUACCAAAGAACAAAGAGCCAGUAACCAAUAAUUUUGAUUUGUCUCAGCAUUACGUCUUCUGUACUCUUUUAUUUUUGCCGGACCAGUUUGCGGUUAGGAGAAUGUGCCUUUUUUGUACAUUUGCAUUUAGGUUUUAUAAUUUUAAUUGAUGUAUGGACACAAAAGCAUGAAGGAAGACUUGGAUCCAAGCAGUGCCACACUUUACAUCAUCACUACAAGUGUUAAGUGUAAAGAAAACCGAUUUUGAAACUAUGAAAUUCCUGAUUCAUAAAUACACAGUUAUUUGUACUUCACAUAUUAGAUAAUUCACUGCUACUAAAGCUCUUUAUUACGAUCGCAUAUGUUUUAAAUCGAACGAUAAAUUAAGUUGUCUUCCAAAACUGUGUACUUCUCUGGUCAGCUGUAUAUGAUCAGUUAUCUACCUCAAAGUUUAUUUCCUUUUGUAUUGGGACAGGUUGCUGGCCCUCCCUGUUUCCACAGACCAAAUCAUCCCGGCUCGGGAGCUGGGGCUAACAGUUGUUUCUUUCGAGUAUUUUUUAGUUUUUAAAUUUUGUGUGAGUAUUGGAGUAUAGAUGUCGGUGACAUUUCAUAGUUUCAAAAGUAAAUUGCUGCUCUGAGAAGUGUAGAUUCUAGUGAAAUACAUAGUCGUAAGAGAUGUGUUUUUGUUUUUUCUUUUUUUGAAAAGUUGUGGUAUUAUUGGUUCUAUGCUCCCUGGAAUAUUACUGCUUUGUCAAAGUCCAGACUUCCUGCAGCACCUUCCCUGGGUUGGGUGGAUUUCCACGCCUGGAUCUCUCACUACUUGAUAUUUUUGCGUUACUUGGAACCGCAGUAUGAUGGCCGUGUUAGAGGGAGGGAAGAGCUGCUGCCGGAAGGUCUGAACUAAGUGCCAUACUCAUUGUCUGGGUAAGAUUUGGGAAAUUUAACCUCUGUACAUAAAGAAAUAAUCAGUUACUUAAACAUCACAUAGUAGACAGCCAUUAAAUUAUAAAAAAUUAAUUUAUGAAGAAAGACCUUUUGUACAGAUUGAAAAAAAAAAAAAAAAGAUUUUCA